AUGUCUGAAUAUGAAGCUUGUGUCCUUGGAUUGAAUAUGGCCAUUGACAUGAAUGUCCACGAGUUGUUGGUUUUUGGAGAUUCAGAUUUAUUAAUUCAUCAGGUUCGAGGACAAUGGGCCAUAAAAAACCCAAAGAUCACGCCGUAUGUGCAGUAUAUACAGAAGUUGUGCAGAAGAUUCAAGCUGAAAGAACAUCCAGUUUAUUAUUCGCAUGUUGAAGCGGAACAAGACGGUUUGCCAUGGUAUUUUGAUAUAAAGCAGUACUUAGAGACCGGGACUUAUUAUGAAGAUUCCACAUCCAACCAUAAAAAGUCGAUACGCCGUAUGACCCUCAACUUCUUUCUAAGUGGAGGAAUCCUUUAG